AUUUGUGUCUAGCGCUUGAAAUUAAUGUUUAGUGAUUUAAUUGAGUUAGACUGGUCCCAAUUGAUGUAGGCUAAGUUGAAUCUUACAUAAAAAUUGUAGUGUUUCUUUUACUUUUCACAUUGAUUUUUAUAUUUUUAGAGUGUGUUGUGAAAAAGAAGUGUAAACAAUAUCAUCUGUUUAAUUGAAGUAGAAACAACCAAAUCAAUAUCACUCACAAUAUUUAUACUUGUUUUUUCUUUUACUUUCUAAACUUGUUUUUGUAUUUUUUGUUUCACAAGUAACUCAUUAUCUUUACGAAAAUAGAGCAUGUCGUAUGUUAUCAUCCAGUUUUAAUAGAUUUUAAAAAACGUUUUCUUCUCCCUCAUCUAUCAUUAUAUAACUCUCAAACUUUGACAACAUUUUAAACACAUUUAAUACUAGAUUUUGAAUGGUGGAGAUGUGUCCUAAUAUCCAGAAUGUUUGAUAUAAUUUUACGAUAAAUUGGUAUUCUAAUGCGAGAUUUUCUGAUUUAUGCAAUUGUGUUAUUGUUUUAUUUCAUAUUGUUUUUGGAGGAUUAUGUACCCAUUUGUAGGCUGAUAUACUGUACACUCAUUGUUAAUAUAAUGGGUUUGUUUUGGAUAAUGUCUUAUGAUUUUACGCUUCAUAUUAAAUAGGAUUUCACAUUAUAUUGCAGUGUCUCUCUAUUAUACUUGUUUCAUUGAUUAUUUGGUAUACGUUGAAUGUUUGUUGCCACAUAGUUCUACAAAGGGAAAGUUUGGUUCGGGCCAUGUUAGCUUAUUCGGUCAACAUUGCUUAUGUCCUAUUCACCUUUCAACCAAUUAUUUAUUCGUGAUGUAUAUUGGUGGGACAUUGUUUCAGAAAAUUUUAUCUUUGUUACCUGGACAUCCUUUUUUACAAGAAAAAUAUUUAUCUUCAAAAUUGAACAAUUGCUAUUGUCAUGUCAGUGUCACCUGCAAGUGUUUUAGAAUGCAUUUCACAUUUAUCCUUCCUUGUGUCCAGUAGAGCCUGGGAUUCUUAAAGAACCAGGAAGCAUUCUCUACUGUCUUUCACAAACUCAUUAAUCUUCUCUCAUGGAGCUGGCAUUUCCCACCUUCUUAAUCCUUCUAACCUUUCUUCUCUUUCUCUUCAUGCUGCUGAAAAAGGGGAAGAAAUCAAAAACCGUUGAAAAAACUUUGAAUUUGCUUCCAGGUCCAUUGAAAUUACCUUUCAUAGGAAACUUGCACCAGCUGGGAGGCUCUCUACCCCAUCACAGAUUAAAAGACUUGGCCAGGAAAUAUGGGCCAUUUAUGCACCUACAACUCGGGGAAGUUUCCACUGUGGUAGUUUCAUCUCCCAGGUAUGCCAGAGAAGUUAUGAAAACCCAUGAUAUAAACUUUGCAGCAAGGCCUCAGAUGGUGGCCACGCAUAUCAUCUCUUAUGAUUCUAGUGACAUAGCCUUUGCACCGUAUGGUGAUUCCUGGAGACAAUUACGAAAAAUCUGUAUGUUAGAGCUUUUUAGGACUACAAGGGUCCAGUCUUUCCGAUCAAUUAGAGAGGAAGGGGUGUCUGCUCUUAUUCAUUGGCUUGUUUCAAACGCGGGAUCACCAAUUAACCUAACGGAGAAACUUUUCACACUGACUUAUGGAAUCACUUCCAGGGCAGCCUUUGGCAGCAAAUCCAAAGAUCAAGAACUAUUCAUAUCACUGAUGGAAGACACUUUAAAAACGAUGGCAGGAUUUAAUAUUGCAGAUCUAUUUCCUUCAAUUGGAUUUCUCCAAUGGAUCACUGGAUUCAAGUCCCGUGUAGAGAAGCUGCAUCAAGAAGCUGACAGAAUAGUGGAAAAAAUUAUAAAUGACCACAAGAUGAGGAAUGAAACAUUGAAUGACAAAAGUGGGGAAGCUGAAGAUGAUCUGGUUGACGUUCUUCUGAAAGUUCAACAGCAUGGUGAUCUUGAAUUUCCGUUGACUAUGGACAACAUAAAAGCAGUGGUCACGGAUAUUUUUACUGCUGGUAGUGAGACAGCUGCUACAACUAUAGAUUGGGCAAUGUGUGAGAUGAUGAAAAAUACAAGAGUGCUACAGAAGGCACAAGCUGAGGUGAGGGAAGUCUUCAAUAAAAAAGGCAAGAUCAAUGAAACAAGUAUCGAUGAAAUGAAGUUCUUGAAGCUAGUAGUAAAAGAGACUCUGAGACUACAUCCUCCAAUACCAUUAAUUACUAGAGAAUGUAGAGAGCAAUGUGUGAUUAAUGGAGUUGACAUACCCAUCAAAACCAGAGUCAUUGUUAACGUAUGGGCAAUCGGAAGAGAUCCUGACUAUUGGAAUGAACCAGAAAUUUUCAAUCCAGAGAGGUUCCUUAAUCAUUCAAUAGACUACAAGGGGACCAGUUUCCAGUAUAUCCCAUUCGGUGCCGGUAGGAGAAUAUGCCCUGGAAUGUCAUUUGGUCUAGCCAAUGUUGAGCUUUCUUUGGCGAUGUUUCUGUACCAUUUUGAUUGGAAACUUCCUAGUGGGAUGAAGAAAGAAGAUUUAGACAUGACAGAGGCCUUUGGUCUAACAGUUGGAAGAAAAGAAAACCUGCACAUUAUUCCCAUUCCUUAUCAUCCUCCACCUUCUUCUUAAGGAGAAAAAAUGAACACAACGUUAGAAAGAUAUUGGAUUGAUGAAUCUCAGUUUAAAGUUGAGACUUCGAAUGGCAUGAGUAAACUUACUAUCACAUUCUGCUGAUAUAGCAGAGUAUUUAUGUAUUUAUGAAUCCCUCUUGAUUCAAACCUAGGUUUUCAUGUAAUUUGUAGAACACAAUUUAAAGCUAUAUGCUUAUAAUCCUGCGUCUGUUGAAUAAAAGAUAACUUGUAACCACAAGUCCUAUCAGCCGAUGAAUAAAAGACUCUCAGAUCUUUGUUAUGUAA